GAGAACUUCUGUAUUCUGGAUGAGCAGAGGUUUGCCAAGGAGCUGCUCCCCAAGUACUUCAAACACAACAACAUCUCCAGCUUCAUUCGACAGCUUAACAUGUAUGGUUUCAGGAAGGUGAUUGCUCUGGAGAAUGGUAUGAUUACAGCAGAGAAAAGCUCAGCCAUUGAGUUCCAGCACCCUUUCUUCAAGCAAGGAAAGGCACAUUUACUGGAAAACAUCAAGCGCAAGGUAUCUGCAGUAAGAACUGAGGAUCUCAAGGUCUGUACGGAGGAUUUGCACAAAGUCCUCUCUGAAGUCCAGGAAAUGAGGGAGCAGCAGAACAACAUGGAUGUCAGACUGGCUAACAUGAAGAGAGAAAAUAAGGCCCUGUGGAAAGAAGUGGCAGUUCUAAGGCAGAAGCACAGUCAACAACAGAAGCUGCUGUCUAAGAUUCUUCAGUUUAUACUAAGUUUGAUGCGAGGAAAUUACAUUGUUGGGGUCAAAAGAAAAAGGUCUCUGACGGAUGCUGCAGGCGCUUCACCUUCCAAGUACAGUCGUCAGUACGUUCGCAUACCGGUGGAGAGUGGCCAGGCAAUGGCUUUUUCUGAACAUGGUGCAGAGGAUGAGGAUGGAAAUGGUACGGGCCUUAUCAUUCGAGACAUCACUGAUACCCUGGAAAAUGCCACCGAUGGUCUCCUUCCUCUGGCACACACAAGUGGCAGAGCCAGAGAAACACAGGCAGCUCUGGAUCCUGGCUUACCUAUUUGCCAAGUAUCGCAGACAAAUGAGUUAAAUUGUGCAGCACCUAUCCCAUCAGCUCCCGCAAAUGAUGGUAGUGAAAUAGGAAGUGUGGCUGUGGAACUGCACGCUGCCCCACCUAAUGCUGCGGAGGACCCCGUGUCAGUGAUUGACUCCAUCUUGAAUGAGAACACCUCUGGAAACCAAAGUGAUCCUUUACUGGACAGAGAAGAAAUUCAGGAUUUUCUUAAUUGCAUUGAUGCCAGCCUUGAAGAGCUUCAAGCAAUGUUGUCUGGGAAGCAGUAUAACUUUGGUUCUGAAUCUUUCAGCGAUGCAUUUAAUCCUGACCUGCCAGCCCUAGAUAUGAGCUUGAUGGAAACGUCCCCAGCUAUGGAAAAUAUUGGAAACUUGGCAGGGAGCACCGACGAUCUGGGAGCGAGUGAGAGAGAAACCGCAGGAAGCAAAGAUAUGCAGCUGAUACAGUACAGAGCAAAUCCUCUGCUUUCACUAUUUGAAGAACUACCUUCAAGUGAAGCUGCAGGGAAGACGGAGGAUCCAAAAGAGCUUCUGCUGCCCACCCUAAGUGAGAAACCUGCUCUUCCUCCUCCAACAGGGAGCGGAACUAUCUUGGGGCCUCCAGCUCCAGCCAGCCAGGCGGAGCCUCUGGAUGCCCUGGGCGUGGGUGACCCACCUCUGCUCUCGGACGAUGGGAACGGAGAGUAUAAACUCUUUCCGCUUCUGCUCCUCAGCCCUGUUGCUAACUUCAUAGAAGAGGCCUCUGAGAUAGAAACUUCUUGA